ACAUACACGCACACACACACACACGCUGCUGCACCCUGACACGUUAACAGCUCGCGUGAGCACAAUCUGACCCAUUCUUACUGGCCUAGGGAGAGCGAUGCAACUUUCCCCGAGAGAAGUGGGCAAAAGAUAAGAUCCAGUAUAACCAGUCCGCCACCUAGCUGCGGAGACGCGCCGACGAAGAUCCGUCGACUAUGAUUAUGAAAACACCCGCGCCAAUGUUGUUGCACAGUCGGCUCCGCGCUCCGAUGAGACUGAAACUCGGUUUAAGGAGGUGUUUUAACCUCCGCUGCUCUCAGUUAUGUAAUCAAAGCAACAUCUAAUGCACCAAACAGCUCCGGAUUGCAGUUGGUGAGAAGGUGGAAAGCCGGACAGCAACACCGUAACCUCAUGCCUCAAACGCAGUUGGCUCCGGGACGCGCUCUCGGUUGAAGCCUAAAGGACAAAAGUGAGAACUUCCUUCGCUGGAUGACGUAGAGCAACUGUACUUGGACUAUUACAGGAUAUUCUUUUGGAAAUCUCCUGACCGACACCUACAUUCUGCUCCUGAUCCCAACAACCCCACUGGGGUAAUUUAAAAGUGUUAAUACUGGAAGCUCCACAGCAUCCUGCCUCUCCCCCCUGACUUCUCUGAUGGACCAGAGAGUGAAGGGGAGAACCCCUACAACCACAAACUCCACUCUGGACCCCACCUCUGCAUCUGAAGACUCUGAAGUGGUAGAGAAAAAGAAGAGGGGUGAGGUGGAGAAAGGAGAUGUAGGGGAAAAGGAGGAGGAGAAAAGAGGAGUAGUGAAAAAGAGAGAAGGAGACAAGGGGGCAGUGCUGGAGUUGCUCAUUGAGGGGCGUUGUGGAAGCGCAGGGCAGCAACAGCUUCAGAUCUCUGGCAGAGAGACCAGCUGCCCUGAGGGGAAUGUACGUCUCCGAAUUGGACUCCAGGCCAAGCGCACCAAAAAACCGCCCAAGAUCUUGGAGAGCUACGUCUGCAAGCCCACCGUCAGGACCUAUCAGAGACAAGCCCGAGGGGGACUGCUGAGGGGGAAUGGAGACGGAGGACCGCAGAAUAAAAGCAGCUCCACUCCAGACGAAGCAACCAGAGAUCAACAUUCAGGCUUGGAUUCUGUCCAGACCACAUCUAAACAAACUGCAUCCGCUGCUUCACCACCACUUGCAUCAUCAUCAUCAUUAUCAUCUUCAUCAUCACUGGCGUUAUCAUCAACAAUUUCCACGACAGCCCCGGCCAUAACCAGCCAUAGGACCAAGUCUGUCAAACAGGUUCCUAUCAAACUGGCCAAUAAGACAGAGGUGAAUUCAAAUGGCUCAUCUGAGAGAGUGAAGAAAAAGAAGCUUCCCAGUGUCAAUGGCAAGCCUGUCUCUGCAGGACACAAACCCUGCUUUGCUACAACAGACCAAACAGCUUCAAUUACUCCUCCCACCACAUGCAUCCAAGGCCCAUCUGCAUCGGAAACCAGGAAUGAAGGGAAGACCUCCAAGAAACAUAAUGGUUGGGUUCAGACAGCAAAAAAGAAGGGACUAUCUAAUGGGAAAGGCUCUGUCGACAUACUUGGCACUUCCACCUCGCAGAAAAACAAAGUUGGAAAACACAGCAGUUCCUCCUCUGUUUCCUUCAUGGACUCCUCAACAAGACUUCCAGCCUUCCCCAGCUCCCAUAAAGAACUCAGUCUGUCCAAUAAGAGUAGACCAGACUCUCCUUCCUCUUCUUCAGUCACCCCUAAACCACAGCCCCUUCCCAUUGUGGCUCUCUCCUCUGCCCAAACCCAAGAUCAGGAUCCCUCUCUACAGGCCUCACUAGAGACAAAGAGAGACAAAGAGAGGAAAGCAAAGAAAGACAAACAGAAAGACAAAAAAUCAAAGAGAGAUAGAUUGGGAGCUGAGAGAGCAAAGAGUCAGAUCAGAAAGGAAGAAGGGAAGAAGAAGAAAAAAGAGAAAGGGAAAUAUUGGAAAUCAAGGCAUGGUAAAGAAAAAGAGGAAGGGCAUAGGACUGAUGAUACGUGGAGGGAUGAGUCAAAGACUGAAAGAGGAAAGGCAGAGAAAAAGAGAGAUACACUUAGCCCAGACAGUCUAAGACCAGAGGAUAAUACAUUUGGUGAAACAGUUGAUACUGGUAAACUAGAUAAAACCUAUAACGUCAUGAAUCCAGGCAGACCAGAUGAUAUAAACAAGAUGGAGGACAGUUGUAAGCCAGUUAAACAAGCUGAGCCAGAAACCGCAACAGGUGACUCCAGUAAAUCAAAAGAACAAGAUGUCUCAAGACAUUCAACUGUGCCUCCAAGCCACCCCCUCUCUUCUGCUCCCCCCUCUCUGCCCACUCCCUCUGCCCGUGCCCCUGUUUCUCCCCCUUUUUCCCCCCAAGAGCAGGACAGCCGUCCGCUUAAGAAGCGUAAAGCCAGGCGGCCCAGCUGGACCAAGCUGGUGCACCGGGCUCAGAGGCUGGAAAAUCAUGAAGCCCCUUCAGAUUCCCAACAUAAUCCUUUACUAAGUUUCCCCCAGAACCCCAAGAUGCCCCUUCUUGCCAAGGCCACUAUUCAUCAGAUUGAUGAGUCACACACAGCUCCCUCUGGCUCGUUAAACAGCAGCUCCUCCCCUCUCUCGUCUGCAACCAAACCUCCAUCUCCAAAGCAGAGUCAUCCCACAUCCGACCCUAGUUUCCCUGCUUCCAGAUGCCCCAUAGCCCCUGCCCGAAAAAGGGGCCGCCCAAAAUCUCACAGCUCUAGCUCAGAUGAACCUCCCACGAGGCUUUUACCAAACGCUAUCCCAACUGAGGUGCCUCUAAUGGGGUGUGACAGAGUUCAAAAAGCCCCAGUGCUGGAGCCAAGUCCAAAACUGCAGUGCGCCGCUCAGUCUAAAUCCAGCCCUAAAAAGCGUGGACGUCCCCCCAAGCGACCCCUCCCCGAGGACCACAGUCGAGAUGCACUGAAUCGCACUGAAAGGAGUGAAGAUUUUCACACUCCUGAAAAGGGGAACAGGCAGCUAAAGAUCAGGAGGCUGAUUAACGAAAUGAAGAAAAGAAAGAAGAGGAGACUUCACAAGGCAAUGCUGUCUGGGUAUGUGGGAAAGGAGGCAAGAGGAGACCAGCCAGCAGAUCCCGAGACCUCUCUGAGAAUGAGUAAAUCAAUAGAGGCUACAACAGUACACACACUCUCAGCCCUGUCUUCCUCCUUUGGGAGCAAGUUGGGCCCUCAGAUCAAUGUGAGCAAGAGAGGGACCAUCUACAUGGGCAAGAGACGAGGACGCAAGCCGAAAGCUAACACCAACUCCCAGAACACCACACAGUCGUCCUUGUUUAACAAUCCCUCUGAAACAUCUCUCUUCUCAUCUAACCAACCCCAGCCUCCUCCCUCUCACCCAUUUCCAUCUCCAUCUCUCACCCACUCAAGUGGGGCCCAGAGCCCUUAUAGUGAAGGCAGCCUCACAGAACCAACAUCUUCCCUACUUUUUCCUCACCCUUUCUCCCUCCCUUCCCCAUCAUCCUCCUGUACCUCCCCCCGUCCUCUCUCCUCCUCGUCCCUCUAUCCUUUUGUGAAGAAGAGUUGUCCAUGUCAGGGAAGGCAUCAUUUUCCCUUUCACCAGUCUUCAUGUAAGCUUUCCUGUCCCACCCCUCCGCUGCAUCAUACACCAGGCUCUCCGGGCCACCUGAAAGAGGCCACCCCCAGGGCCUCCCCCAGGAGUGAGUCGCACAGCGAGGACACGCUGCCUAGCGACAGUGGGAUUGGAACGGAUAACAACAGUGUUUCUGAGCGAGCGGAGAUGAGGGGGGUUAGAGGCAUGUUCAGGUUGGGUCAGGGGUCAGGAGGGAUUUUGGUGGGUCAAAGGCACCCCUCCUCUCUUGGGGAUCGUCCCUCUCCUGUCUCUUCACCCCUCUCUCUAAUGCCGAGACACACAAACCCCGGCCCCAACUCAACUACUGUGGAGCGGCACAGAGACCGACACAGGCACAGGCGAAGGGAUUACGACUGUUCCUCUUCCUGUUCUUGCUUGUGCCCGUGCUCCUGUCCAGGACACAACAAGUGCUCUCAUUUGGACUAUUACCCAUGCCUUGGACACAAUGCACUGAAGAGACAGAAAAAUAAACAUAAGAAGAAGCACCAGCAGCUGCACAUGCAGGAUCCAGAGUUUCUGGCCGAGCUAGAAGAUUUGAUUGGUCAGUUCAGCGAGAUCCACAUCGGACGGCGAAGUUGGGCGAGGACAGGACUGGGACAGGGCUCUGAUGGGAGUAGGAGUGCUGCUGGGGGAAGGCGUCAUCACUCCUCACAUUCUCUCCGCUCCAACAUCUUCAGGAUCAAUCUGAAUGGCUUCUACUCUCCUCACCCCUCACCUUACUCUGCUAAUCCCUCCUUCUCCCCCCAGCCUUUCUACCCUUGCCAGCCAGUGCAUUGCAGCAGGAAGCCGGACAGCAGGCAAUGUGGUUGCUCGUCAAAAUUUCAGGAGACCAUUGAAAAUAUGGGCUUUUACGGCAGCUAUCCCCCAGCCACACCACUUUAUCACCACCUCCCCAGCUCCUACCAGCUUCCCUCACCACACCAGUAUUCCCCCCAUCAGUCCCAUCAUGCACACUUCCUCCUCAACCCAGCCAGAUUCCACAGGCGAAGGAGCAGGUUGCUGCGGGAGGGAGCUUUAGGAGGGCAGGUUGAGGGAGAUAUAGGAGGCAGUGGAGGAGCCUCACACCUCAGUUCAGGGUUCACAUCCAGCCUCCCCUGUGGCUGUGGGAGGAGUGAACACAAACACAAACAUAAACACCGGCACUGCGAGCAAGACAUGGAUGAGGAAGAGGAGUUGCACGAGGAAGAUGGAAUUGAGAGAGAGGGGUUGGCUAGUUCAAAGCCAAGGGCAGGGUUCAUUUUGGGGCAAGGUGAAGCAGGAAGAAAAGGGUCCAGAGGAAUGGGGUCCGCUGCUGCUGCCACAUCGUCAUCCUCAGCAGAGAGGUUCAAACACACAUCUCUCACCUCACUAGGGCUGGGCUCCUCUCACCUGUCUUCAUUUGGAGGAAGCUGGGGCGGUCUGGGCCAGAGCUGGAAACAAUUUGGGGGCCUGGGAGGCACAGGAUUUGGAAAUACAACUCCCAGCUGGAGAGGCUUUACUGGAGAGCAACAUACAGGCAGACGGAUCGCAUCAGACGGAGAGGACGAAGACGGCGAGGACGAGUUACACCUGUACAGGACGUCACCGUCCCCAACACACACCAACCUGUUCACAUCAGUUGCCUUGGCAACAGGGGGGACGGGUCUGAGGAGCGGAUUGGCCUGUAAGAGUCCAGGAAGUGGGGACAGGUCAUGGAGGAAAGAUGAGCCAGCCUGGACUGAGAGGAGAGAAACAGGUUUACAAGGUGAUUCAAGAUGCCGGGUGCAGCAGAAGCCCAUGCCAACGCCAGACAGUGUGGUAGGGGGGGGGAAAAGAAGGCCAGGCCGGCCCAGAAAGCAUCCACUCCCCUCCACUGUAUCCUCCCUCAUGCACUCAUCUGCAGCUCCCUCCAUGUCAUCACCCGACCUCUGGCCGGGACACAAAAGAGAUGGGAGAGAAGUAGGAGGGCCAGAGAGAGAUAGAGGAGGCGACACAGGGCAGCAGGUGACAGGAGAGUUGGAGCUGCAGGCCAGGAAGAAAAGGGGACGGAAAAGAAAACAUGGUGACUCUCCUUGUCAUCAGAGUGUCGCUGAGGAUAAACCCGAGUGUGACACCCCCCCUGAAUGUUUUAGCCCAUCAGAUGUCGACCAGGCUCCAUCUCAACCAGAAACCAUCCAAAGAGAGGAGAGCGCAGAUGGGCCUCCCAGGAAGAAGUUUUUGAGGGCAGGUCUUUACUCAGAUGAUUACAAAACUACAGACCCGCCCUCCAAAGCCCAACAGUUGUGCAAUGAGAGUAUGGAUUACUCACCGGGGGAGCAUGAAUAUAGCCUUUUACCUGCUCCCAUACAUGUUGGGAAGUACCUUAGGCUGAAGAGGAUUCAUUUCCAGUUACCUUAUGAUGUUAUGUGCCUGUGGCAGAACAAUCAGCUCCAAAAGCAGCCUGCUGUCCCCCUGAAGAGGAAGCGGCGUUACUGCCGGCUGAAGGAGAGGAGUGUGUCCUCUCAUCGGACAGCGGAGAGCUCUAGCGACAUCACCAGCUUGUUUCCGCACCUCGACAUGGAGCCUUUGAGCAGCAGCGAGAGGAGCUUUGUGGUGAAACACCACGUGUUCCUUGUGAGGAACUGGGAGCUUGUGAGAGACCGACAGAUCCGACUGAGGAUCGAGAGGGAGAGAGACGCAGAGGCAGAGGAGCAGGACUCACAGCGCCUGUCCUGUGAUGGAUCCAGUGGGGACGAGAGCCACAUCAUGUCAGAUCAGCAAGUGGGGGUGGAGGUGACGGUUACCAGCAGGGACCACCACCAUCAGAGUCAGGACACCUCCAGCUCGCUCACUGCCAGCCCCUGUCCCACCAGCACCCAGAACAGGCGAGAUGAGGACGGAGAGGAAGAAAAACGAGGGGAAGAAGAGGUCUGCAGCAGAGAACAGAGGAGGAAACGGCUGAAUGAUUUACUUUUGACCCUGCAGCAUUCAUAAGCUACCAAUGAGAGGUGGGACCACUCUGAGAAAGGGACCAGGCCUGCCACCGGACAGACGGACAGGAACUGAGGUCACAACACUGCUAUCAACAGUAGUAGUGCCACAGAGAACACGCGAGGAAAAAGAAGAAGUGAGAUGGAGAAUUAUAGCAGCGAAAAAAUGCAAGAAAGACAUCUCACACACUCACAGAUGAGUGUGGUGAACCUAGCGCUCUGAAGGGCAUCACACCAAGGAUGAAACCAUGGCAACACAUCUUUUGUCCAAGCUGCAAGGGAUGAGAGAAACUGAUACAAACUGUCCUGGAUGAAAGAAAUAAAAGAAACAGACCAGCUGAAAUGAAUUUGCACUAGUGCUGGAUGAUCAAGCACACUAAAGACUGUAUGUAUGUAUGCUGAGUGAACACACUAUAAACACACACACACACACACACACACACACACUUUGUUUGCUCUUACUUAGGCACCUUAAGCAAAGACAGACAUUGGUCAGAGACUGAAAGUGGACAUAUAUGGUACUCAGCAUUUCAGCUCUGAAGUUUCCAAGAGACAAGGAGCUCAGGAGCUGCCCGGGGAUACAAAAAUGUGAGGCCUAGGCCCUAAGUAGGUCAAAUUGAACCCUCAUUUACUCAUUAAGCUUUCAAAGUCACAUUGCACCUUUGGGAUAUGACACAAGGAGAAAUUAACCAGUUGAAAGCUGCUGCUGAGACAGUGGUCAGGUUUUUUUCUCACUUUACCAA